AUUGUUCCUUCCUAGAACACAACAAUUCUUCACGCUUGCGCUGCUAUCAAACGAACCAGAGGUAUCGAGAAACUUUGCGUCCCGACGCCAGUAUCUAGGCGUCCCCGAUACCAAUAGAAUUCCCAGUACAUAACCCUAAAUAGCACUUUUACUGUGGCAGUUGGAUUAUCGUUGAAUAUUAAAAAUUGUGUCAUUGCUGUUUAACACCGGCAAAGUAGGACAUGCGUGACCCAGUGUACUCGACGUAAAACUAGUGUUACAUCGUGUUUGGAUAUACGACACUGCCAGGCUCAGGUGCUACGAGGAUUUUAGUAUGUAAAUAUUCAUGAUUUAUUAUCCAGCUGACCAGUUGCAAACGGUACGUGGAUUUAAAUGGGGCAAAGCUUUGUCACGACGUGGGGAAAACAUUAUAGUUUCUAUUGGUUCCUGACCGUUCCUGAUCGUCCCGUUUAGGUCAACGCACCUUCGACCGACCGCUGCGGCUGCUCGCCGGCAAACGCAUCGUAGCGAGAAAAUAUGUUUGCAGGGCCGCAGGAAAGACAUUGGGGCGACAGAAGUUCUUACGAUUACGACGGAUCUCAUCGACGUGAUUUACGUGAAAACGUCGAGUAUUUCUAACAAGUGUCAGACGUCGGUAUGCAAUUCGUUUAAAGCAACCAGAAACAGUUAUUCGUGGACAAGGAUUUAAAAUGCAAUUAUAUGACGAGACUAAGAAUGCAGGUAUCGUUAAGCCGCACUUAUAGCUUUGCAGAUCUCGACAAAUGAUACGUCGUCCCGUGAUCGCCGGUUGAGAUGGAACGAACGUCAGGCGUCUCGACGCCCGGUAUUCCCGUCUAUCGACCGGCAAUGGAACUCGAGGACGAGGAAGGCGCAGCCGCGAAUCCGGCGCGGCCCGCGAGACAGAAGCUGCGCGACAUCGCCCGCUUCUGUAUCAACUCUCUGAGAGCUUUCUACGCUGGGGAUGCUGCGAACGACCCUGUGAUUCUGUCAGACCCCAUUAUGGGGAAUCGGCAGAGCGAUGCGAAGAAAAGAGCCCGAAAAGGAAAAAGUGGAAGUUCAACCGAAGUCGAGGAGAAAAGCUCGACCUCGAAACACUCAAAAAGUUUGGACAGUCUGCUGGAUGAACCUGUUGGAGUCUCCUUCGAGAAGGUCCAGACACCUGGGAAAAGACCGGCGCCCAAACCACCUACUAUCAAGGUCCCGCUAGAAAAACAAGAAGAGUCCCAGAUUCAGAUACUCGAAUAUACCGAGAGGGACGAGAAACCAAUCGUGCCAGAAGAAUCGGCGGUGCUAUCCGAUCCUGGACCCCCACCGGCGGCUGAUUGUGAGACCCAGCAUGACUCCGAGUCCGCGCCUGGGCCUGUGGCUGUACCGAUGCCGGCGACGGUGACGGUGGAUGUGCCGAGAGGGCCGGCAGGCCCGCCGAAGCAACAGGGGGGACCUCCGAUAUCCAUGGGGUCCCCAGAGGCCCCACCACUCAGUGUUUUGUCAGUCCCAACCAGCGGGCCUUCUCUCCUCGUCACGGACUCGUGGCAUCGAGCGAACAAGCCCCUGAUUACCCCAGAACUUUCGACUCCGGCCAGCCAAGAGUCAUCAAGCGACAGUGUAUUCACCGAACCCGAAGGCAUGGUCACCGAAAACGAGAGACAGCCCUUGGAAAAGGCCCUGACCGCCCUCUCCCUGGAGCCCAGGGACGACAAUAGGAAAGCCCAGUUUACAGUUUCAAGACAUAAGAAAAUCGAAUUACCCUGUGCUUCGUCGAGACUCUCUGUGGUGCAGGCGUCCCCUGGAGGACUGACGCCGGAAGCGCACGCACGAAGACACAGUGCCAAUGAAUCAUCCCCUGGUGACAGUGCUGUACUCAGAAGGGUAGCAAGUUUCACUUUGGACAGAUCAACCCUCGACAGCCGGAACAAUUCCCGAUCGAAGUUAAUUCCGCAGAAACUGGACUUUCGACUAUACGAAAGAUUCGAAGGUCAGCGCCUGAUCAACUGGUUGACCUCAGGAAUGCCUGAACAUCUCAAAUCACAGUUGACGGAGCCAGAACUGAGAAAGCUGUGUUCUACGUUCUGCGGGCACUUAGUUAACGCCGGUGCCCUUCGACCUUUGCAGGACAAAGGAGUCGCAAAGGACACAGUCUUCACGCCGGAUCAGAUGUAUUACUGGACCCACCAUGAGGCACCAGCGCCAAUUCCAAGUAGUCCUGGGAAGCUCACCCUGGAAUCUUGGGCACCGGAAAACUUACGGCGACUCGAGGACGAACUGAGUUCACUGAGAGCUGAGGUAGAGCGUUUGCGAAAAUUGGUGAAGGAAUCGCAGGACGAUGCCAAAGGUCAAUCGACGCAAACGUCACCAACCGAUUUGUCACCGAUCAAUGCAAGAAACGCAAGUUCGCCGAUGAAACGAAAUGGAGACGCAGCUUCCAGAGAGAGUGGCAGGUUCACUGAGAGUUCUUUAGAAAUUUCUCCGAUACCUUCGGAGAAGAUCUGCUCGUUUAGAUCAGAAGAUUCUCGGUUCGAUGCUGCGAUGCCAUCCAGUUUAUCACCAAUAUCUGAAAUUGAGAAGUUGGCUGAAGAAACGAACGAAGUCCAGUACCUUAAUAAUCGAGAAAAGGUCAAUUCUGCGGCAACGUCAGAUCCGAUUAAUGACCUUGAGAAUCCUCUGGAGAACGCUGAUGAUAGUAUUAUGGAGUUAACGGGAAAAAUGAAAAGACUGAAUAUCGAUAAAGGAGCGAAACCUAAUAUCGAAAAAGAAAAAGAUGAGGAAUCUGGUCAAAUUAAUAAACAAAACCUCACUACACAGAUUACUGAAAAUUGGAGUCGUAAGUUGAAUCUUAUCGAAACUGUCAAUGAUUUGGUUACAACUCCUGAAUCUUCGAAGAAAAUUAAUACGCAGACGCUGAAUUUCGGGACAUCGAGGGAAACGAGGGAUUCUACAAAAAUGGAAUCCAAAACGGUACAGAUUCAAAAAGUUAAUACGGAUUCAUCUUUCGCAUCGCCUCCUCCACCACCACCGUCAAUGCCUGACGCAGAAGGACUAACGCUGUUUUCUGUAUCUUCUCAAACUGGUCUACCAACUUCUACGUCGAUCCCAGAGAUUAAAUUGAUACCAUUGACAUCUACACAACGAUUGGCAGAACCAGCUCUGUCACCCACGAUGCCAGAAUUUAUAAGAUCACCACCACCACCACCACCACCAUCACCGCCGCCGCCGCCGCCUCCGAUGCCUGAAAUGACAGGACCACCACCACCUCCAAUGCCUGGAAUCGCGGGACCACCUCCGCCACCUCCAAUGCCUGGAAUGUCGGGACCACCUCCGCCACCUCCAAUGCCUGGUAUGGCGGGACCACCUGCGCCACCUCCAAUGCCUGGAAUGUCGGGACCACCUCCGCCACCUCCAAUGCCUGGAAUGGCGGGACCACCACCUCCACCGCUGCCGGGAAUGGGAGGUUUAGCACCACCUGGAUUACCCGGAUCCGCUAUGCCUCCACCACCUCCACCAAUGGGUGGACCAUCACCUUUUCCAUCACCACCGGUCGGAGGCUGGAAUCCUCCUAGCAGAGCUGUGAUGAGGAAACAACCGUUAAAUCCUGAGAUUCCUAUGAAGCCACUCUAUUGGACUAGGUUACUGGUACCAGCAAAUACACCUCUGGUUGCUAUUGAAACACCUGACUCUCCUCCUCAGGUUCCGCUCUGGGCAGAAUUAGAAGAAGAGAAGAAUCUCGACAUGAAAGAAUUCUCAGACCUGUUUUCUCGUCAAGUGACGGAAAGAAAGCCAACGAAGAAAAAAGAAAACGUGGACAAACUCUCAAAGAUUCAACCUGCAAAAAUACUGGACUCAAAGCGAUCAAAAAUGGUUGGUAUUCUCGAGAAGAGUUUGCACGUGGAUUUCUGUGAAGUUGAAAACGCUGUAUACAAUUUGGAUACAACCAUAGUCAGCCUGGAAGCAUUACAGCAAAUUUAUGAAGUCAGACCAACGGCAAAGGAAUUGGAAGAUAUUACUGCGCACGAAGAGGCGCAACCGGAAGUUCCAUUAGACAGACCAGAAUUAUUUUUGAAACGUCUCUCGAAAAUAAAACACUUCACCGAAAGAAUAUCCUGUCUGAUGUUCCAAUCGGAAUUCCAAGAUGCCGUCUCGACAGUUUCCUCAAAAUUGACGAAUCUUCGUUCGACCUGCGACUAUCUGAGAAGCUCAAAUUCCUUGAAAAAAGUAAUGGCUCUUAUUUUAACCCUGGGAAAUUACAUGAACGGCGGAAAUCGGAUGCGAGGCCAGGCUGACGGCUUCGGCCUGGAGAUUCUCAGCAAAUUGAAAGACGUUAAGUCGAAAAUACCUGGAGUGACGUUGUUGCACUAUGUGGUAAGGGUUCAAUUAGCGCAGAAAACGGACUACAAUUUUGAUGAACCGUUACCGUUACCGGUUCCAGAGCCAGCCGAUGUAGAGGCGGCUUCUACUAUCAAUUUUGAGGACAUUAAGAAGGAGCUCGAUAAGCUCGAAAAGGAAUUGGACGCGUGCAAAGUCAAAAGUAAAAUGGUCAUCGAAGCAAGUCCUGAGACCGCAGGUCCUUUUAAGGAAAAAAUGGACUCCUUCCUAAACAGAGCAGUGGUCGAACUUGCUAAUGAGAAGGAAGCCUUGCAGGAAGCAAAGAUAAAAUUUAAAGCUGUAAUGCAAUUUUAUCAGUAUGUUCCUAAAGGAGCGACUCUUGACACAGCUGAUCCGAAUGAUUUUUUUGUUCUAUGGCUGGGAUUUUGUCAGGAUUUCAAAGAUAUAUGGAAAAAGGAGCAGCAACGAAUACGGAAGGAGAAAAUGAAGGAAGUGCAAAGAAAAUACGAAGGAAAGCGUCAAGUGAAAUCAAUGAAGAUGAGCGACACUGGACUUAAGGCACGUUUACAAAAAUUAGCAGGCAGAAGGUAGCUUGCUAGAGAGCUUAGAGUAGUGUGAGCACAAAUAGGAAAUAAUUACAAAUCAUACUGAAUUUUAAUUUGUUAAAUGUCGUGCUCAUUGCCAGUAUCAAAAGGAGGAAGUCGGUGCGAGAAGGAGUUCAACCGAUUGUAUAUUACCGUCAACUAUUUUGUCUUAGUUUCAAAUACGAUUGAUCUCAAUUAAAUUUCUAAUCGUGUCCAUUUGUUUCAAAUUUAUGUGUCAAAAGACAUUUUAUACUUUAUCAUGACAUGGCUGGUAGCUUAUUAUUCAAAUUCUCUUAAUUUCUUGAUUUUCUUUGUAUUUAUUUACUUAAUUUAUUCCUCAGCAUCUUUAUAUUCUUCAUAAAUUGGGUCUCAUACAUAUAUGUGUUUGUAUAUUAUAAUAACCAUCUCUUUCUAGUAUAUAUCAUAUAUGUAUGAGAUAUUCCUUCGGCUGGGGUUGAACUGUUCCUUCUUCCACCAAACAUUCUCUAUGCCUAAGAUGUCAUUAUAAAAUGUUUAUAAUGUUCUCAGAGAAUCAUUUACAUUAUGCUGCUACUCAAUUGUUAUUUCUACAUUACACGUACAAAUUGUAAUUACAUAUUUAUUGAAUGAGAAACAAAUAUUUAUUAAAGAGGAUUUAUACGAAGCUUCUCAGGUAUCAUGAAUAUACAUGAACUUGAAUGUAAACAUCUAACACUAACGAUUAAGUGACAAAAAUAUUCAAAUUUAAUAGACAUUAUGUCUGACAACCAAUGAGCCUAGUAAAAUAUAAUUUAAGAAUUGGAUAAGAUAA